AACAUCGCGUCGCUCUUCCGUUGUCUACAAUGGAAGCGUCGGUUGACGCUCCAUGGCAAACACUCUUCUUCCAAAUUUGGCUUAUUGGUCACGUGAGAUUAGACUGCAGCGGUUGAGGGAGGAAGCCACACGAAGGCGGCUGUAGAGCUAGGAAAGAAUAUGAGGUUUCGCUUCUGCGGAGAGUUGGACUGUCCGGAUUGGGUACUUGCAGAGAUAAGUACUCUUUCAAAAAUAACUUCUGUAAAGAUGAGGCUCCUUUGUGCUCAGGUGAUUAAAGAUUUGCUGGGUGAAGAGAUCGACUACGCUAAAGUUGAGAAGUUGACGUCGGAUGCCAAGUAUGAACUUUCAGAUGUGAAAGCUUCAAUUGCAGCUCUUUCGUUUAUCCUCUCAAGUGCUGCAAAGUACAACGUGGAUAGCGAAUCAUUAUCUAACGAACUUCAACAGCUUGGCUUGCCUAAAGAACUUUCUUCCGCACUGUGUAAAACUUAUGGAGAAAAUUUAACCAACUUGCAAAGUUCUUUUCAGCGAAGCAGUAUAAAGCUGAACCAACUGACUGGGUUGGAGUGGAGGGUGGACUUUGUCUUAGGCUGCAGUGAAUUAAAUGAGAUGGCUGAGCCAGAGGUCCAGCUCAGGUUUAAUGAAGUAGAUAACAACAGCCACAGUGUACAAACUGUGUCAUUCUCCAUGACGUCACAGAAAUUUAGUGUAUUACUUGGUGAACUGAAGCAAGCACAGCGAAUAAUGGCAGGACUAUGAUUUUCUUGCCUCUAGCUUCAUAAACAAUGCUUUUUGUGAUCCUCAUUAGAGCCUAGAAUAUUUUUUGUGACUUAUUUUUCUCAUGGCAGGAUAUGCCAAUAAUGAUGUUGAUAUUUACGGUGGCUCUGUGGCACCAGCAGACUGUUUUGCUAAUGUGCCAGUAUCUUAUACAACACUUUGGGAAAGAAAUAGGAAAUAAUUAAUUACAUAAUAAACAGAGGAUUCUCUGUGUUAUAUCAUGGUAACCACUUAACUGAAAGCCUAUGUAAAGGAGUGGUAUCCUCAAUGUUGUGAAGUUUUUUUUUGUUUUUUUUUAUGAAGCACUGAAUUGGCUAUAGAUAUUGACUGACAAUGAAUACUGACUCUGAUGAGACAAUGGUAUGCUGCUUUGCUCCACUUUCUUGAUAGCACUGUACUGAAAGUGGAUUAUGGGAUAGUAAGUGCAAGCACCACUGUUUGCUGAUCAUCCAGAUAACAAAACAGUCACCCAAAUGAGAAGAAAUCUGUGCCUCUAAGUUUAAAAUAUCACCUGUCUCCUCACCCCAGUCCACCAGUGGUUCCCUAAAAAGUGGUGCCUACAUGGGACAGCUUAAGUUUUGGGCUUGUACAGUUAUCAGUAGCAGACUUUUGACAUGAUGGUUGAGAAAGGUCCCAGAAUGUAGAUAAUAGCUGUUGCCUAUGUCUGGAAAGUAAUGUUAACCCAGUUGUGUUGGGUGACUUAAAAAUGUAUAAUCAGCCUUGAAAUUAUGUCCCAUAAAAUAAGCUAAACAUGA